AAAUUAGAGGAAGCAGGGUUCAAGACUUACCUUAAAUUGACAUUUCUUUGAGGUCAGGUUUGUUUUUAGUUUGGGGCUCAAAUAUUACAGUAAUUCAGGUAUGGCAUUGCGUAAACUUGGCAGGGCCCUGCAGAUACUGGAGACGCACUCCAUUCUCAGACAUCUGAGACGUGGUUACUACUUAUAUACGCCGGAACCGAUACAUCCCCUACCAGACAAAACCCCAGACUGGAAAACUGCUGAUGAGGCUUUGCAAGUUGUGCAGUCAGGUCAGAGGAUAUUUGUGCAUGGUGCAGCAGCCACACCAUGUCACCUCAUUGAGGCUAUGUGUAGACAUGGUACCAGGGCAGAUAUCAGAGGGUGUGAAGUAAUGCAUAUUCAUACUGAAGGGCCGGGCUUAUACAAUGAACCAGAAUAUGACCAUAUGUUCAGGUCAAACUCACUUUUCGUUGGUGGAAAUUCUAGGAAAGCGAUCCAUGAGGGCAGGGCUGAUGCUAUUCCAAUAUUUCUGAGUGAAAUACCGAGGCUAUUUCGACACAAGAUUAUUCACCUUGAUAUAGCUCUGGUGACAGUAAGCCCACCAGACAAACAUGGAUUCUGUUCUCUCGGGACAAGUGUGGACUGCACAAGAUCUGCUGUUCAAAAUGCUAAAUAUAUCAUUGCCCAAGUAAAUAAGCAUUUGCCUCGGACAUUUGGUGAUGGUAUUAUUCACGAGUCGCAUGUUGAUGCUAUGGUACAGUGGGAUGAACCGUUACAUGAAAUGGCAAUUGGUGAGCUGUCUCCGGAAGAAGAGAAAAUCGGGAAAUUGAUCGCCGAUAAUCUGGUAGAAGAUGGUGCCACCUUACAGAUGGGUAUAGGGGCUAUACCAGAUGCUGUGCUAGCACAACUCGGCAAUCAUAAAAACCUCGGCAUCCACUCAGAGAUGUUCUCUGAUGGUGUAGUUGAUCUGUGUGAAAAAGGGGCAAUAACCAAUACAGAGAAAACCAUCUUGACUGGGAAAAUUGCGAGCAGUUUUGCUGUUGGAUCAAAGAGAUUAUAUGACUUCAUGGACAACAAUCCAUUUGUUGAGAUGUGUGAUGUAGCAUUUACUAACAAUUCGGCAGUUAUCAGCCAGAACCCAAAGGUGACAGCCAUUAAUUCAUGUAUAGAGGUUGAUCUCACAGGUCAGAUUUGUGCUGAUUCUAUUGGUACAAAAAUUUACUCAGGAUUUGGAGGCCAGAUUGAUUUUAUACGAGGGGCAGCUAUAUGUUUGGAUGGAAGAGGUAAACCAAUUAUUGCAAUGCCGUCGGCAACUCGGCGAGGAGAAACUAAAAUAGUCCCUACUCUCAAACUUGGAUCUGGUGUUGUGACUACACGUGCACAUGUGCAUUAUGUAGUCACAGAAUAUGGUAUAGCUUAUCUAUUUGGCAAAAGUUUAAGAGAAAGAGCCUAUGAACUUAUACAGAUAGCUCAUCCGGACCAUAGGGAGUUUCUUGAAAAAGCUGCAUUUGAAAGACUAAGGUGUAUGCCUGCUCCAUUUAAAUAGACCCUAGUUAUUGUAGAAAAGAACAUUUGUUAUAAAUAGAUAGGUCCGUUUGUAGUAGAUCUUUUACAGGAGAUGCUGUAGUGUUCAAUAACUAGAAAGUGCUUUUUAUAUGGUACCUGUAAUGGUAACAUGUAAUUUAUUACCGGUACAUAGAAUUGAUGUUGUUUUUCGUUGACAAAACAAAGUUAGGAUUAAAAAUUGAUAUCAUAUUUUAACUAUAGUGCCCAUCAGUUAUAGUUGAUAUAUCCAGUAGAGGUGAUUGGAUCAGGGUUGACAUUACUCCUUUGUUUUCGAACGCUACAUAUACCUUUGCUAGCAAUACUGUGCUGACAACAGUGGAUAUAAGAACAAAAUUCUGUAGGAAAUCUGCACACAUUCUGAUAACCCUUUGCUUAGAGCAAAGAUACAUCAAGUGGUCUAAAUCAUACUAUUAAACUGUACAUAAAAGUGAACUUAACAAUUAAAUGUAUUUUUUUGAGGAUGGAAUUUAUAUAUAAUACUGUAGAUUUGGAUACAUUCACAAUGGUUUUAGUUUUGAUAGUAUUCAUAAAUAAUAGCAUUUGUGAAUUCAAAAUAUUUGUAAAUAUUAAAAUUUUAACCUACAUCAUGUUCUAAAACACAAACAUUCACAUUUUGUGAAUUCUUUACACUGCAAAUGAGGCUGCAAACAAUAAAAUUGCUAAAUUAAGGUUACAUGGAUCUACGGUAUAUUUGAGUUGUAUGUUGCAUACAUAGCUUUAAUACCUUAUGAAAUUGCUAAAUAAAGGUUACAUAAAAAUUAUCCAAUAUACAUUAAAUAUGGAUUAUGUAUUGCUAACCUCAUGAAAUUGCUAAAUUAAGGUUACGUGAAAAUUACCCAAUAUACAUAAAAUAUUGGUUUUAUAUUGCUAACCUCAUGAAAUUGCUAAAUUAAGGUUACAUGAAAACUACCCAAUGUGCAUUAAAUAUUGGUUUUAUAUUGCUAACCUCAUGAAAUUGCUAAAUUAAGGUUACAUGAAAACUACCCAAUGUGCAUUAAAUAUUGGUUUUAUAUUGCUAACCUCAUGAAAUUGCUAAAUUAAGGUUACGUGAAAAUUACCCAAUAUACAUAAAAUAUGAGUUAUGUAUUGCUAACCUCAUGAAAUUGCUAAAUUAAGGUUACGUGAAAAUUACCCAAUAUACAUAAAAUAUGGGUUAUAUAUUGCUAACCUCAUGAAAUUGCUAAAUUAAGGUUACAUGAAAACUACCCAAUGUGCAUUAAAUAUUGGUUUUAUAUUGCUAACCUCAUGAAAUUACUAAAUAAAGGUUACAUGAAAAUUACCCAAUGUGCAUUAAAUAUUGGUUUUAUAUUGCUAACCUCAUGAAAAUGCUAAAUUAAGACUUCAUGAAAACUACCCAAUCCAUAGUAUGAGUAGGUUAUAUGUUGCAUAGCUAUCAUUACCUGAUGAGAUUGUAUUUGUUGUAGUGCAUUAAUUGAAACAGUUUAUAUACUGCUCAUUCUAGGAAAUAUAGUUAGUGUUUCUGGUAAAAAAAUCUUGAUAUUGUUGUUAUUUAUUACUUGUCAGAUUUUGUUACUAAAGUUCAAGUUGAUUUUGAUAAUGUAUGUGUUUGUGCGUUUUGUUUGGGUUAAGUGAAAAAAAAGCAGAAAGGUGCCGUAAUAUUAUAUGUUUAACAGUAUCAGGACAUAUCCCUUUUUUUAUUUGCAAGAUGGAUAUACUACAUAAACAUCAACACAUCACAAAAAUCCAAGUUAAUGCUUAACCCUUAGCCUGCUAAAUUUCUAAAAUGGACUGGUCCAUUAUUCAAUUUGGGCAGUACCACUUAUUAUUCAAAGGGGUUUUCACAGAAAAUUUACUGACUGAACAGGGAACAGUUGCAGACCGUGCAGGCUGAUCUUAGUCUGCACUGGUCACCAAGGCAAAACCACUUGCCGCCAGCAGGCUAAAGGUUAAUCUAAGAUUUUAUGCUAAGUGUGGUGUAAAAUUCAUGCUUUAAGUAAUUUGUACCUAUUGUUUUUUGAUAUGUGAUUUAUUGAUGUGAAGAUUGCAUAUAGUUUAAGCUGAGCAGUACUUCGUCUUCCUUAGUAUUUAAUCAGAUUCUACGGGUAAGUUGAUUUUGACUGUGAAAAUACUUUGUUAACUUGAUUCAGAGCUGUCUCUGCUGUUAGCAAAUGACACCUUUUGUAGUCCUGAAUUUGACUUAGAGAUAUUCUAAAUAAUUUUAGGGCAACAUUGUUUGGGUUUCAUUCAUUUCUAUUCCAGUUCAGUUUAUAUAAGUACACUUUUAGCAGCUUGCACGUGUUAUUUUACACUGCAACCAGAAACUGGAAUGAUUUUCAUAAAUUUUUAUAGUUUUGCAUGUACAAUUUAUUUAUGACCUAUAAUUGUGUUGGUGCAAUGUUAAACCCAACAAAAUAAAUAAAUAAUUCCCUGUAAAGGGAACCUUGUCAGAGGUCUUUAAUUUUAAUUUUAAAUCCUCAUUUGCAUUGACAAAGAGUUAUACAGAGAUAACCAUAUAAAAAGGUCAUAAAAUUAAAACAAAUCAUCUGUUUUUUUAGUCUUUGUCUUUGUUCUCCCAAAUAGGGAAUAGUUCAUGUAAUACUGUCAUACUUUUGGCUACUCCUAGCAGGAAGCCUCGUUCAAAAAUUGAUUUUUAGCAACACAUUUUUCAUCAUAAGCUCUGUGAUCAAAUUUGUUUCAUCUGUUAAGAGAUUCAAAAGAUGUUUUCAAAAAUAUGAAGGUUAAUAUACUUUCUAAAUAUAGCAUAAUAGAUGCAAUUCUUUGAGGAUUUUAGCAAAUAAAAUUUCACAAAAUAUUAAACGACACCUUAAGAGAGAAACUAACUUAAAAAAAAUAAGAAAAAAAGUUGAUUUCCAGAUUUUAUUUACUUCACAACAGCGGGUGUUAAGUGCUGUGUGGCGGCCGUAAAAAGUCGCCCCGACUUCAUCUCAGUGUUGUUAUAUUUUCUGGUCCUUCUGGAUCAUUGAUUUCAACUCAUUUAGAUUUGAAGAAUGAAUACUGCUUAAGCCGGUGCUAGGGGGCGUGGGCAGUGUUGCUUUUUCCAUUACUGCCCAUGAACAGACUCAAUCAAACCGAGUCUGCAAUUUUCACUAUUUGCCUUGUUCUCGGUGCUUCCGAGGGAUCUACUUUCCAGAUUUUAUUGAUUACCAGCUGGAAUUUUAGGGCUUUUUAUAAAUAUUUAUUUUACAAAACCAGAUCCAUGACACGACUAAAUCUGAUUACAAUUAAGUAUUGGUUAUUCUUGAAUGCAUGAAGCCAAACAUUGAACUUCAUAAAUAAUUUCUUCUCCUUCUUAAAAGUAUUAUUUUCCAACAUAGUGGGUUUGCAACCAGCAUGGAUCCAGACAAGCCUGCACAUCCGCGCAGUCUGGUCAUGAUCCAUGCUGUUCGCUAACAGUUUCUCUAAUUGCUAUAGGCUCUGAAAGCGAACAGCAUGGAUCCUGACCAGACUGCGUGGAUGCGCAGGCUGGUCUGGAUCCAUGCUGGUCGCAAACCCACUAUAUUUUGUUGGUUUUCUCAUGGCACGGCUCAUUUACUUAUUUUGAAAUACUAGGAUAUUCAUACUUUUUCAAACGUGUUUAUUAUUUUUAAAUAUGAGAUAUAAUUGUUUACAAUUUAUCCCAGUAAUGCUGCUAGAAACCAAACUGCAGUCAUUAUCAGUUAGAUUUACAUUUUUAGGCUGCGCAUAUUUUUUAUUCAUAAUUAUGGUUGUUUAAUGAUAUUUACAUUGUCUUGGGCAUUAUUCUGGAUUAGAUUGUUAAAAGGUAUUUGAACAAAUAUUUAGUGCUUGUGUAAGUUAUGUUAUAAUAACCCAGUGUCAAUCGGUUGAGUUAAUCAAACUGAGGGGCCUCCGUGGCUGAGUGGUUACGGUCACUGACUUCAAAUCACUUGCCCCUCAUCGAUGUGGGUUCGAGCCUCACUCAGGACAUUAAAUUCUUCAUGUGAGGAAGCCAUCCAGCUGGCUUACGGAAAGUCGAUGGUUUUACCCAGGUGCCCGCUCUUGAUGAAAUAAUGCAUGGAGGGGCACCUGGGGUCAUCCUCCACCAUCAAAGCUGGAACGUUGCCACAUGACCUAUAAUUGUGCCGGUGUGAUGAAAUUAAACUGACUGUUCAUAAGAAAGGGUGCAUCACAAACUGCAUGUAUAAAGAAAUAUUUGUCAAAUUUUAUUUAAAAAAUCACGCUUUUAAAUCAUACUCAGGUAAUUAUACAGUAUUUUCAUGUCAAAACUUUAUGACAUUUCAUACUAUUAAUGAAAGCCUAUCAUUAACUAAGUAUACUGAUGUAAGAUUGUGUAGCUGCAUUCUCUAAAGACUCGGGAAUUGGACAAACCCCUCCUGGGAUAAACCACCAUCCUCUAAUUCAUGAUGAAGCCGAAAAGUCACAUCCCGAUGUUUAAACAGGGAAGACUUAAACAUAAACAACUGAAAUUUCAAGGUGAAUACCUACCCCAGCCCAACAUCACUUCUUUGAAAGUUCAAAGAAGAUAAAACGUUUCCCAUUAUUUUGACAAGGUAAUAAUAAUAAAGUUACAGCACAGUGUUAGCGCUUUCAUCCUUCUUGAUGAAAAGCACAGGAACGGUUUUGCCUGCAGUGAUAAUUUAACGGGAGAGCUUUUGCCUGCCAAUAUAUUUAAGAGGAGUGGUUUUGCCUGCCAUGAUAAUUUAAAAGGUGGUUUUGCCUGCCAUGAUAAUUUAACAAGUAGUGGUUUUGCCUGCUGUGAUAGUUUAAGAGGAGUGGUUUUGUCUGCUUUGAUAAUUUAAGGGGUUGUUUUUACCUGCCAUGAUAAUGUAACAAUGAGAGGUUUUGCAUGCCAUGUAAGUUUAAUGGGAGAGGUUCUUCCUGCCGUGAUGAUACAACUUGAGAAGUUUUGCCUGUCACGAUAAUUUAACAGGAGAGGUUUUGCCUGCCAUGAGAAUUUUACCGGGAACGCUUUUGCUUCCGUGAUAAUUUAAUGGGAAAGGUUUUGCCUGUCUUGAUAAUUUCAUGGGAAAGGUUUGCCUGUCGUGAUAAUUUAUGGCAGAGGUUUUGCCUGUCGUGAAAGGUUAACAGGAGGGUUUUUUCCUACCUGUAAAAACAUAGAGUGGGGCUUUGUCUGCUAGUACGCAGGUCCUGCUGCAUCGUAACUAUAAAUUCUUACCUGUGGCUGUGAAAGAUUUCAACUUCUCACGGCUACAGCUGGAAAAGAUUGAUCAAGCCGACUCUGGUGCCAAGUCCUUACUCUACUACAGUUGUAAAUUCUUAUUGCUACGGCUGGGCAAGUUUGCACAAGCGGCCACAUGUAAAACACACAAACAAACCAGCGAAGUUCAUUGUAUAUACCUGCCAUAUUCGCCACUGUUAUUUAAAAAUUGUCUGAUAGUAGUUUUUUAGCUCACCUGUCACAAAGUGACAAGGUGAGCUUUUGUGAUCGCGCGGUGUCUGUCGUCCGUCAGUGCGUCCAUCCGUCCGUAAACUUUUGCUUGUGACCACUCUAGAGGUCACAUUUUUUUGUGGGAUCUUUAUGAAAAUUGGUCAGAAUGUUCAUCUUGCUGAUAUCUAGGUCAAGUUCGAAACUGGGUCACAUGCCAUCAAAAACUAGGUCAGCAGGUCUAAAAAUAGAAAAACCUUGUGACCUCUCUAGAGGCCAUAUAUUUCAUAAGACCUUCAUGAAAAUUAGUCAGAAUGUUCACCUUGAUGAUAUCUAGGUCAAGUUCGAAACUGGGUCACGUGCCAUCAAAAACUAGGUCAGUAGGUCUAAAAAUAUAAAAACCUUGUGACCUCUCUAGAGGCCAUAUAUUUCAUGGGAUCUUUAUGAAAGUUGGUCUGAAUGUUCAUCUUGAUGAUAUCUAGGUCAAGUUCGAAACUGGGUCACGUGCCUUAAAAAACUAGGUCAGUAUGUCUAAAAAUAGAAAAACCUUUUGACCUCUCUAGAGGCCAUAUAUUUCAUGAUAUCUUCAUGAAAAUUGGUCAGAAUGUUCAUCUUGAUGAUAUCUAGGUCAAGUUCGAAAGCGGGUCACGUGCCAUCAAAAACUAGGUCAGUAGGUCAAAUAAUAGAAAAACCUUGUGACCUCUCCAGAGGCCAUAUUUUUCAUGGGAUCUGUAUGAAAGUCGGUCUGAAUGUUGAUCUUGAUGAUACAUAGGUCAGGUUAGAAACUGGGUCAACUGCGAUCAAAAACUAGGUCAGUAGGUCAAAUAAUAGAAAAACCUUGCGACCUCUCUAGAGGCCAUACCCUUGAAUGGAUCUUCAUGAAAAUUAGUCAGAAUGUUCACCUUGAUGAUAUCUAGGUCAAGUUUGAAAUGGGUCACGUGCCAUAUUUUUCAAUGGAUCUUCAUGAAAAUUGGUCAGCACUUUUAUCUUGAUAAUAUCUAGGUCAACGACGUCAUACUCAAAACUGGGUCAUGUGGGAAGAGGUGAGCGAUUCAGGACCAUCAUGGUCCUCUUGUUUAAUAUUUUGAUAUGUAUUGAAUUUUAUCUUAGAUGCAAAUGUAUUUUAGUAGUUCAGUGUUUUAUUUCAUAUACAUUGUAGUUCUUUAUGUCCAUUAUUUUUUUGAUAUUACAGAUUGUUACUCCUUGAUGUUUGUAAGUUCAAUCGAUCAUUUUAAUACAAUUUAUGCAUAUUCAUCUACGACUUGACUAACGGUAUUUUCAGUUGUUGAACUAUUGGAGAUUGACUUAAAGAAAUGAAAAUAGUAAUUAUUUCUAUUUCAAUUUUUCCUCUCAGUAAAGACCCUGUAUAAUGUUGUUUAUCUGUUAAUCAGCCAUCCCACGAGUUUGUUAAAAUCUUUGCUUAGACUAUGUUUAUUUUGUUUGUUUGAAUAUAUUAUGUUAAUAAUUAAGUUGUAGAAUGACACUCUUGUACUAUAAACAAUAUUUCAUUUUCCUCGUUAUAGUUAUAUACUUCGUUCUUGCUUAACCUUUAGCCUGCUAAAUUUCUAAAAUGGAAUGGUCCAUCAUUCAAUUUGGGCAGUACCAUUUAUUAUUUGAAGGGAUGUUCACUGAAAAUUUACUGACUGAAUAGCGAACAGUGCAGACCAUGAUCAUUCUGCACUGGUCGCAAAGGCAGAAUCACUUGCCGCCAGCAGACUAAAGGUUAAGAAAGUUAAGUGCACUGUCAGUUAGAUAUUACUUGUAUACCAUUAACUAAGGGCCUUAAACACAACAAAAUGAAAUCCUAAUUCCAUAGCAGUCACGAUCAUGGUCAAAAUGUCAGUUUCGGAGAAAUUGAAGGAUCUUUCCUCAAUUAAAUGGCCAUAUAUCACUAAAAUUGUCAAUACAUAUAUAUUAGUGCACAGAAGUCCAGAAGAAAAAAAACGUGUUUUCAUUCACUGUUUGUAUUGUAGAGUAGAUGUAGUUUAGGUUUAAGGUUUGUUAAUCUUAAAUUAUUUUUACUGCUUAACUAAUUUACAUUAUUUUUAUAUGUUAUAUACGAUAUUUGAAAGGGUACCUGGAGAAAAACAGUUGAAACAGUAAGUCCAUAUUAAAGUAUAUAUUUUAGUGAAUGAUUAUUGUCAUAGCUUAUAUCAUCUGGACGACCGGCCAUCGAAUGCUGAUUCGAUUGGUUUGUGUAAGAAUUAUUCCACAGUAAUUGCGUAAUUGCUUUAGAUAUUUUAAGUUUUUGUUAAAUCACCCUUACGUUAAAAUGAUGUCACGUUAACGGACGAUGGCGUCAAUGUGUUUGUUGCGACCAAGAAAGAGCUACUAUAUUUUAUCACCUGUUUUAGAGAAAGGGCAUAUUAGAAUCGCAAUAAUGUAAAGAAAAAUCGAGUAUACUUGAAUUAAUACUCCAAAAUUGUUUUUACGUCGCCAGAAUAAUUCACUCGGGCUUUACCCUCGUGAAAUUAUUCCGCGGCCGUAUAACCUCUUUCGUGUAUUAAUAACGUUAAAAAACGAUUAUUCUAUUCAUUAUUUCUUCAAUUCAUAACUUUAUCAUGACAUCACAGUACAUUAGGGGUUCUAACUGACCAAUCAGAGAGUUACAUUUUCGAGUACCAGCCAGUUUCCACUUGGGUAUAACGAAGUAUAUUUACAAUGAACAUAUAGUUACUUUAGAAAUGAAUAUCACACUGUUUUAGAAAAUCAAAUUAAGAUUUUUCACUGCACAUGCCCCAGAUGAUGCUACGAACAACAAAACUUUGAAGUUUCAUUGAAAUAUUUUUUCGAUUUAAUACCUUUAUUUUAGUUAAAAGUUUGAGAUUUUACACAAGGAGUCUAUGAUAAAGUCCUAGUAAAAUGUAAUCAUUACCAAAGUGAAAUUAGUAGCAUUCCGCAAUGUUUUGGACAUGUUAAAAUUAUGAAUACACACUGUUGUACCAAGAUUUAUAAACGUGUUAAAUACACUACACAGAAUUAAUGUAAUAUAGAUGGCACCAAAAUGUUUGAAAAAAAAGUUGAACAUACUAUGGUGUAAGAUAUUACCUGUGUAUCAGUAAGCUGUUUUUCUGUAAGUGCCCAAUCUAUUCAUUAUUGUCGCACUUCCAUUUAUCUGCAAUACAAUUAACUUGAACAAAGAUUG